GAAACUGCUUUACCGACAAAGUUGUUUGACGUCAUAGUUCAUACUUCAAACUCGGUCACGCCAUCUACAACUUUAUCACAUUUUGUCUUCGUGGUUUCUUACUGGUCUGGUGUUUAUGGACUGACGGAUGGAAAUUGGAAGUUUCGUUCGUUCGUUGUAUCGAUUUUUUGAGUGAAGUGAACUAGUGUUCGUGUCCUUUUAUAGUGACGUUUGUUAGAAAAAUAUCUGUGAAUGGGAUUGUAUAACGAGAAAAAACAUUAUUUGGUGUGUGAUUUUCUAUAAAGGAUGACGAAGGACAGGUUAGCGGCGCUCCAAGCGGCACAAAGUGACGAUGACGAUGUCGGGCCUGACGAUGUCAACGUCCCCGUUGAAGGCGGCUUCAUGGACGAAUUCUUCAGUGAGGUGGAAGAGAUACGAGAAAUGAUAGAUAAGAUUCAGGCUAAUGUCGAAGAAGUAAAGAAGAAGCACAGUGCCAUUUUAUCAGCGCCACAAUCAGAUGAAAAAACAAAGCACGAAUUAGAAGAUCUCAUGGCUGACAUUAAGAAAACCGCCAACAAAGUAAGAGGAAAGUUAAAACACAUAGAGCAAAACAUCGAACAGGAAGAGCACUCUAACAAAUCGUCAGCGGAUCUGAGGAUAAGAAAAACCCAGCACUCGACCCUCUCGCGUAAGUUCGUGGAGGUGAUGACCGAGUACAAUCGGACCCAAACGGACUACCGAGAUCGGUGCAAAAAUAGAAUACUUCGACAGCUCGAAAUCACGGGUCGUGCCACCACCGACGAUGAACUUGAAGCUAUGCUGGAGCAAGACAAUCCCGCUGUAUUCACUCAGGGGAUCAUCAUGGAGACGCAACAGGCGAAGCAAACCCUGGCGGAUAUCGAAGCGCGGCACGCCGACAUCAUCAAACUAGAAACGUCCAUCCGCGAGUUGCACGACAUGUUCAUGGACAUGGCGAUGCUCGUCGAAAGUCAGGGUGAGAUGAUCGACCGCAUUGAGUAUCAUGUAGAACACGCUGUGGACUAUGUCCAAACUGCAACACAAGAUACAAAGAAGGCCCUAAAAUAUCAGAGCAAAGCUCGACGGAAAAAAAUCUUCCUCAUAAUAUGCCUGUCAGUUACGCUGGUUAUAUUAAUAAUAGUGCUUGCGGUCGUUCUGAAGUAAGCGACGCGGGGAGGCCAGUGGCGUCAUCGGGCGUCACAUACGAUGUAUGGUGCACAAACUGAUAUUUGUAACGAUAAACCUUAUCACUAGCUAUAAGUGUUCGAGAGUAUACAAGGCUUUUGGAAAGUGGGUACUAUGCCGAUGGAGUAUAAAAGUAUUUAUUGUAAUAAAUAAAUACAUAAUAAUAAUGAAAUAACUUUCCGCUACUUUGUCCUGAGAUCAAUGCUUUAAGAGGAAUAACUGUAUAAAGUUUUCAUUAAUAAAUACACGCUAACAGCUGUUAAAUAAUAUUUACCAUAUUUUUUCGAAGUUGUGUGCGUUGAAAGCCAUUCAGUAUAACUUGCUUUAGCGUUGAAGGAAAACAUCGUAAGGACCUUCAUGCCUGAGCCAUACCUACUCGAUUGUUUUUUUUAAACCUAGCAUUUUUUGUUUUUAAUUUGCCUAGUAUCCAUUUGUCAAAGGCCUUGUAUAAUACGUUAAUGCAGUGAUUUGUUAGUAUUGCCUGCUAUUAAUUUUUGUAUCGCACAAGGAUGCGUGACGUCAUGAGCGCACGGUGUCACAAAACUUUGUCAUGGAUUUGGCUGUGCUGGGCCUCUGUACCAUUUUAAUCUAAGGUGGCACUUAAUCGGAUUUUAUUUUAAUUAUAUCAAUAAUUAUUUUUCAUUCUUUAUAAUUCUUAGACUUUAAAUGCAAACUCAUUGGUGCCAAUUCCGUUGUACUCCAAUGUACUAUCUAAAUUGAAUAACUGAAUAUUUUUCUAUGAAAAAUUAGGUAAAAAAUAAUAACAUUAAAUUUCAUCAAUUUCUAAAUUCAAAUUCAUAAAUUCUUAUUCAUGUAGACCUACUACAGAUACUUAAGAAGCGUUCAUAUAUUUAAUAUUACAUAACUGUGAGGUGUUGGUGAUAACUAUGUUCGUUAACUUAAACCUAAAGCUAGGAGGGUUCCAAACGGUCCCUAAUCAGAGCCCACUACUAAUAUAGCCUGUUUUUUUUUUGUUAUCACAAUCUCACAGUCAUUUAAAAAAGAUAUAUGACAUUAACAGCACAGCCGUCUAUGAAUAUUGUAUCUAUUUAAUAAAUGCUUCAGGACCAAAUAUUUAUGGUAAAAUAUACGCAAUCUUAUAAAUAGUAUAAAAGUCAAAUUAAUUAGAUGUAUGGUUGAUUUGAUAUUUCUGGGGGCCCCACAAUCAUUGCUUAAACCAGUAUUAUUUAAUUAUGACAGUUUUAUAUGACAUCCUUUUCGUCCCGAAAAUUAGGAUUAUAAUUUUUACGACCUCGCUGAGCGCAAAAGAGGUCUCGGGUUCGAUUCCCGGCAAGGGACUAUUUGAAAAUUAACAAUUUCCGAAUUUUCUUUGGUCUGAUUUGGUUGGACAAAGAAAUGCCGCCAAGCGAUUUCGUCUUCCGUUAUGGUAUCGUUAACGAUUGGGGUGGGAUACCCACUGGUGGUUACCCACUACCAUCUUAGAAUGCAUAAUCACUUACCAUCAGGUGAAAUUACAGUCAACAUCUAACUUGUAGUGGUAUAAAAAAACAAAUAAUGAGAGUGUCAUCAAUAUUAAAAUAAUACUGCUUCAAGCGAUGUAAAUAAGAAGCACCAUAUUAGAUUUCAAGAUUCAUUUUGUUGAUAUUUCCGUUGGGCAAUCCUUACUAAUAUUAUUAAUGCGAACCUGUGUUAGUUUGUUCGUUUUUCCUUACUUUACGCCCUAAACAAGCAAUCAAUCAACAUGAUGUUAGUUGAAAGGACGGAGAGUAACAUAGCCUAGCUUUUUAUAUAAAAAAUUUCCACGGGAUUUGUAAAAAACCGUUAUAAACGCGGUCGAAGAACGCGGGCAACGCCUAGUGAUAAAUAAAUUUGGUCCUGACUCAUAUAAAUUCUACUAUCUGUAGAUCGAAGACAAUAUGUGAAAAGUGCAAUAAAGAUAUUGUGCUUUAGGAUAUUUACUGUUUUAGUGUACUUUUGUGUAAAUAUUAUGUACCUGGUUUUGCCAGUAAGAUUUGUAACUAACUGGUCUUUACAAUUUUUGUAUAUACUUACCUUUCUUAAUAUAAAUAAGGCUACAAAUAUAAUUAACACUGUUAAAAUUACUUUAAAAGAAUAAAAACAAGUGAUUGUAACUUAUAAAUAUCAGGAAAUUAAUAAUGUAUCUACGGUACCUAUCAUGCGGUAGUUAAUUUUUAUUAUUAUUUUCUUAGACGAUUGAAUAGAACGCGUACCUAUCACAAAAUUAAAAAUAUUAUUGAAUUAUUUUCUAACUGUUAUUGGAGAUGUAUAUAAUAAUGUUUAAGCUUUGCCAUAAGAUUAAUUGUUUAUUAUAGUUUAUAUCCCUCCUCAAGAGAACAAUUUAUUAUUCGCUUAUUUAUUAUUAAUUGUUUAAAUUCAGGUUACUAUAAAAUUUAAAUGGUUUUGAGAUAACUCAUUGACUGUUAUCAAUUUAUAUUAUAAAGCACAACACGUAUAUAUAUCUAAACCACUCAGACUACCUGAUUCUAGACUGUUUUGUUAAUAUUGUUACGUGCUAGGGUUCAUUUAUUUGGAAUAAGAAUAGUUUAUGACUGUUGUCUCUAUGCAGUACAAAGAACUUAUAGUUGCCGAUGUCACUAUAUUUCAAACAAUUGUUUCACUAAAGUUCACACUUCGAUGUCACUUCACUACGUUCUCAGAGUACGACUAACUCUGGCGUGUGAGGAUUCGAAAUUUUAGUAGCCUUAUGGAUUUCAACAGCGUCACCGAUGGGUCCGGUAGGGCGAGCGCGAAGCAUCGCCUGAUAAAAGGGUUUGAGCGCCAGGGCUCGAGGAAUAUCGGGGUGACGUCUACCUAGGGACGUCUCCUGCGAGACUCGGCGAACGUCGGAGCUUGGUGGACUGAUCGGACGGUGAUUAGUCCGUACGACCCCGUGGCCGCAGAUUGGGCCCACGUCCGGAUGACGUAAGAUAUCUGGGACGUCAUGUUCGCCGGCGAUGACGCUGUGUUGUUGUUAUUAUGUGAUUAGUGCACUCUGGCGUGUCCGGCACACGCUAUUUGUAUAGCUCAAGAGGCCUAGAACAUUCUUUAUUCGAAAAUCGUAAACAUGUAAACAAAAGGAAAGACUGUUUCGAAGUAUUCUCGGAAUUACAUUGUUGCAUCGUAGGUACUUUACUCCCUACAAAAACACGUCAAGUACCUACGUUAAGUUCACGCGCGAUUAUGAACAAUUGACAUAUUUCAAUUGAUGAAACAACAAACAAUGAACAAUCAAUUUCUUCAGAUUCACCACCAUAACAAAAUGGCGUAGAUAUUGCUAUCUACGGAUAAAUUAAACCAGUAUUCACGUGUAUAUAGAUUUAAGUAUAUGUUUCUGUUAACUAGACUUAUAAAUGUUUCGUUAUAGAUUGAUAUAUUAAGCAAGGCAUGUAAAAGCUACACUUUUGUAUUUAUUUUGAACAACAAGUAAGUAUAAUAUAUUUAGAUUAAUGACUGGCCUUCACUGCUCUCAUUUAGAUACCGCCGAUAUACAAGUAAAACGUGGCAACAAAUACUACGCCAAAGUUGGCGUACUCGAGAUGGGUUUUUUUGAAUGUAUGUAUUUAUUAAGGUAGAUAAUAUUAAACCUAACUGCGACUUAUUAAAAUACAUUUUCCAGCAGCAGAAAAAUCUAGAUGUAGUCCUAGAGCAGCGGAUUCCAAUCAUUAAUCUAAGAUAAAUAAUAUACCUGCUCUAACGUUCUAUAACGAAUGUCAUUUUGAUCAUUUCAUUACAAAUGUUAUUUAUUUUUAUUAGGAAAAACUAUAAAGUUUAAUAUCAAAGCUGCCACUAAAAUAUAACAGAUCUGUUCACAGUGUACUUACAAUUUACGUUAAAUAAUACUUGAACAAUAUGUGUUUGACCACAGCAGAGUUAGAAAAAACCCUAUAUGAAAUGUACAUGUCAACAACAGAAACGAUCUUGACAAAUUUAAGUCUGAAUAUAAUGUAUAUACUAAAGUACAUAUGAUAGUUUUGAGAAUGCGUAGUGACAUUUAAAUCCUAUGUGAUCAUAUAUAUAAAUUUAAUGCGUGCGAUAGCAGCUAUUAUUCUCAUAACUAAAACAAGUAUUCGAUGAUUUCAAAUUUUGUAUUAAGACGUUGGCAACAGCAAUGUUUAUGAUAUUGCUUAAAUAAUACUAUAGGAUAUUCAAAUUAUGCUGUGGUUGACUCUAUGAAUAAAUCGCUAAUAGCUGUACAUUUCAGAUUCUUUGCAUUUUCGAAUAACGACUGUAUAAAAUUAUUAAAAGAUAACUUAUUGCUGUUAUAUAAAGAUAAGUGCAUUUAAUAUUAGCAUUUCUUAAGCUUAUGUCCUAUAUUAUCAAAUAUAUUUAAAAACGGAAGCGCACACUUCGUGUAAUAUUAAUUAUAUAUAAAUAAUUAGUAAAUUAUUUAAUAACCUAUUUAAUGUUUAUCAACUGUGAUUGAAUUUAAGUAAACUAAUGUGCAAGAAUUAAAGAUUCAAUUGUACUAGCAAUAUCUGUAGACUCCACUUUUUUAGCUUGUCUUAUAAUGAAAACAAUUAUUUCAUUACUUAUUAGUGUAAAUUAUAUUUAGCCCCAAAGUAAGCGUUAGUAGUGUUAUGGGUACUAAGUUAACUGAUGAAUAUUUUUUAUGGAUAAUAUAAAUAAACA